AUGCAAUCCUCCAUCUACAGUGACAACCGGAUCACACGCGCUAAAAGUAUACUUGAAAAGAAUUUGAACAAAAGCAGAGGAACAGAGGUCAGUUUAAGUGCACAGACUUUUUUAUUCUCUGAAAUGCUACAGUAUGCACAAAAACGAGUGAAUGGUAUUCAGGAUUUAGAAAGAAAACUGAAUGAAUUUGGAUACCGAGUCGGUUUUCGCAUGCUUGAACUAUUAACCUGGAGAGAAAAAGCAGCUAAACGAGAAACGAAGGUGUUGGGCAUACUUUACUUUAUUCAUAGUACAGUCUGGAAGGCACUUUUUGGAAAACAGGCUGAUUCACUCGAAAAGAGCACAGAAAACGAAGAUGAAUAUAUGAUUUCAGAUAAUGAACCUAUUUUGACAAGAUACAUCUCUGUACCCAAAGAACUCUCUCAAUUAAACUGUAAUGCAUUUGUGGCUGGUAUUGUAGAAGCUGUGUUGGAUGGUUGUCAAUUUCCUGCUCGAGUGACAGCCCAUACGGUACCUAUUGAUGGAUAUCCUCAACGAACGACGAUAUUAAUCAAGUUAGAUAAAGACGUAUUGGAAAGAGAAGAGCUGUUGAAGUGA